CGGGCAUAUGUCUACGAAUGCCUUGCAGUGAAGCUCGAUCUGGCCGAGCGAGUCCAAGAUGGGUUUGAUCCGGAACUUCCUCUUCAACAUGCGCAAAGACGACCCGCGACUACUUCGAAUCCCUCCAUACCUUUCUGCCCUUUGUAUCCUCGGAGGCAUCAUCUGGAUCCUGCUUCUUCCUUUGGAUGAGUACUCGAGAAGGACAUAUAUCUCCGAGAACGCGCUCUUACCCGGUCAAGUACACACAUACUUCGGUGGAAGCGAACAAACUGUCUUUCGAGCAUACAGACACGAGCUAGCUACCGUUCUGGACCCUCUCACCUCAGGUGCCAAUAAUAGCCUGACAAAAGACGAUUUGCGGAAAGCGGAGGACAACAGAAGUAAAAAAAUACAAGAGCUAUUCCGCAACGCUGGCCUGAAGACUGCAAAACAACGAUACUCCUACACUUCCUCUGGUCGGACGUAUGAGGGCGAGAAUGUCUAUGCCGUGCUGCAUGCUCCUCGAGGAGACGGGACAGAAGCAGUCGUAAUACUUGCAGCGCUGGAAAACAUUGAAGGCGCUGUCAAUGUCAACGGAGUGCCGCUCCUCAUCUCACUGUCCAGAUACUUCAAGCGAUGGUCACUCUGGUCCAAGGAUAUUAUCUUCCUAGUUACGCCAGAUAGUUCGGCAGGACCACAAGCAUGGAUCGAAGCAUACCACUCUACGCACGACCCCGAGAAGGUGCAAGAUCUCUCGUUGAAGUCCGGAGCGCUGCAGGGCGCCGUCUGCAUCGACUACCCAUUCGAACAUCGCUUCGAGACUUUUCACAUUGCUUACGAUGGAAUCAAUGGAGCCCUUCCCAAUCUUGAUCUGUUCAACACUGCUGUGACCAUCGCCUCCGGUCAGAUGGGCAUAGGCACUUCGAUUCAAUCACAACAUACUUACACCAAACCGGAUACCCAAAGCGCGUAUCAGUCUCGCCUGCAGACACUCGUACGUGGGAUGUCGUCUCAGGCUCUGGGUCAGGCAACCGGUCCUCAUUCCAGCUUUAUGACUUACCACAUAGACGCUAUCACCUUGACAGCCGUUGGCCAAGGAUGGCAAGAUGAGAUGGCGUUCGGCAGGACGAUUGAGAGUAUUUGCAGGAGUCUCAACAAUCUACUGGAGAAGCUGCAUCAGAGCUUCUUCUUUUAUUUGUUGAUGCAAUCAAAUCGUUUCGUGAGCAUUGGUACUUACCUUCCUAGUGCCAUGACCAUCGCCGCAGCUUACACCAUCAUGGCGAUUUAUCUAUGGGUCUUGAGUGGCUAUCAAGUCAUUCAGAAGUCAACGCCAGCCGCGAAUGGAGAGAUCGAAACCACGGAAAAGUCGAACAGUUCGCUUAACAAGCCAACAACCUCACAGGAGGGGCAGUCGAAGAUUUCGAUCGAAUUCAAACCAAAAGACAGACAACUUGUUCUUCCAAUAACUUUGGCAGCUACGAUAUAUCUAGCGUCAUUGGUCCCGCUAUACCUUCUCACACAUCUCAGUGUGAGAGCUAUGCCGUCGACGUUCCUCCUACUGACACUGCUACUUCUCGCUCUGCCUGUCAUUCUGGCAUCAGCACUCGCGGAUAUGCCUAACAACACAACUUUGCCUCCAUUUUCCGCCCCGACGAAAGAACAAUACGUCCUGAUCAAGUCCCUGAGUUUACUAGUGUUAGGCCUGUUCCUCACAGUCUUGGCUACAUUAAAUUUCAGUCUCAGCAUGUUCCUCGGCGUCCUUUGUAUGCCACUUGCAUUUGUCGAUAGGAGUCGGCCUGGCGUUGUCGCGAUGCUGCAAUAUUUGCUACUGGUAAUUGUGAGUCCAAUGGGUCUUGCGGCCUCUUUAGUCGGGUACGGGUUCCUCUCUACAGGCAAGGAUGAUUUGCUGGUCGACUGGCUGCAGAGGCUUGCCUUUGGUUGGAAUAUCUGGGGAAGUUGGGGCGUGCCUGUUGGUGUCCUGUGCAUCUGGCUGCCCGCGUGGUUGGUAGGCGCCACGCUUGUAGCUAGUUCUUGGUUUGCAACUGAGGAUGUGGCGGAGCGUGUGUCGACUGCAGAACAGACAUCGACGGCGAAAAAAAGCAGAUCGUGAGCGGCAUUGAUCACGCUGGGUGACUGGGCCCAUAGCACUAAUAAUAGGAGAUGAUAUGACUGAUCAUAUUACUGGCGGUUCGCUUGCGGUGCAACAGUACUAUCGGG